GCCCAAGCGACAUCUAAAAAAAUACAAUACAUGGGCGCCAUGGAGAAGGAUGCCUUCGCCAAACUCUUGGACAACUCCUGGCAAACCUUCCGGCAGCAACUUUUAGAGGCGUUCCCAGAUGACCUGGGCGUUCACCACACCAGCUCCCUGAAGAGCCCCAAGGUGGACCACCACAGCUCUUUCAAGUCCCGAAAAGUGAUGGAGAGCGCGGGGGUGAGUGAGAUCACAGAGAUCGAUGAGGAUGUCUACAUCGCGUCAGCCGCUCCCCAAACCUUGAAGUCCGGCUUGAAGGGCAUGCAUGCUACGGAAGCGUUGCAAACCAGUCAGAGGCUCCGUGUUCGUUUGGGCGCCAUCACCUCCAUGAAGCUUGUGUCGGGCCAGUCGCUCCAUGACGCAGUCGCAGCGUUAGGCCUCACACGCUUCACCGUUGAGGAGAUGAACGACUUCGUGAACACCAUCGCAGAGUUCAUUUGUUUGGACUUCGUUCCGGAUCGACAGGUCUCGAGUGCUGAUGGCACUUUUGAGUCCGAUAACCCCUACGGGACCCCGGUGUGGAGUUGGCCAAGUGCGACCAGCCAAUCCUUCCGGAAGUCCGUGCAGAACGUUGCAGUGACCUCCUUCACUCCAAGGAAGACUUACAACCUCGUGCCAGCACAAGCUUUGAUGGAGCUUUUUCUGGCUGAAGAGGGUGGCAUCCACAAGAGGCUCUUUGGGCCACGGUUGAUGACGCAGUUCCAAGCGAUGAAGGAGAUUUUAUUGGCUGGCGACACGAAUCGCCUUGUGGCUGAACUGACGUUUGUUCGGAUCAACGACCUUGCCACCCCGCCCGAGCCGACCCAUCCCCUGAUGUACAUUGAACCGUUUGUCGGUUUGCUCAUCGUGUGCAAUGGCAUCAUGAUUGGCUUCCAGACAGACCCGCUCUUUGAGAACUGGCCUGGAUGGAUCUGGUUCGAGCUGGCCUUUGCAUCAAUCCUUCUCAUGGAGAUUGGCUUGCGGAUGCAUUUGUUGCGCUGCAGGGGCUACUGGUGGGGACCAGAGCGCUUAUGGAACUGGUUUGAUGUCUUCUUGGCUGGCACUGGGGUCAGUGAUGUCACAAUUCAGAUCGUAUCCAAGACCAACUCAGAGAUGAUGGGCACAUCUCUAUUGCGGUUUUGUCGACUGAUUCGCUUGGCCAGGAUUGUGAAAGUCUUUCGCUUGAGAUUCAUGAAAGACCUGCGGCUCAUGGUGAAGGGAUGGAUCGCAGGGAUUCGAACACUCGCCUUGGCCUUCACUUUGCUCUUCGCCGUGCUUUACGUGAUUUCGGGCUUUGCUGCUAUGACAAUAGGCGCAUCCUCCCGGACACCGGCGGAUCUGCAGCCCUUCUUUGAGACGAUCCCGAACACCAUGUUCACCGCCUUCCGAUGCUUUACGGGAGAGUGUGUGAAUCACCAAGGUCAUUCGAUCACCUCGCUUUUGGCCGAUGAGUUUGGGGUGAUCUUCAUUUUGUCCUUCGUAGCAAGCUACAUGCUGGUGACGAUGGGUAUCUUCAAUGUCAUUUUGGCCGUGUAUGUUGACAUUACAAUGAAGGCGGCCAAGGAGAAUGAGGCAGUGACUGCUGAGCAAUAUGCUCGAGAGUCCAUCCGCAUAGCACGGACGACCAGAGAGCUAUUGAAGAAGUUUGCGGCUGCACAUCGUGACUUCAUGGCGAUGGAGGAAGCCUUUGACUUCACAGGGAAGAACUUCAAUCCAAUGCCUGCGCUCUUCACAGACGAUGAUGUGCACGAGCAGAUUGAGAUCUCCAAAGAGCUCUUCCUGGUUGUGAUCCAAGACCAUUCCGUGCAGCGCUUAAUGGACGACUUGGAUCUUCCUCCAGACCGUGCCAACCUCUUUGAGGUGAUUGACGCUGAUGGAUCAGGCACGCUGCACAUCACCGAGCUGGUGCAGGGCCUGCUGAAGAUUAGGGGAGACAUCAGCAAGAGUGACACCGUGGCGUCCUUGUUGGCCACCAAGGCCGUCCAACGCAUUGUCGAAGACAUGCGGAAAGAGACUGAAGAGCAUCUUCUUUCGAUUCACGACUCUGUCCGGGACUUGACAGGGCAGAGCACAAAGGACAUGCCUUGGGCAUGCUCUGAAGACCUGGAUGAGGAUGAGACGCCCGAGCAGCCUCCGCCCAGUUUGCAGAUUGUUCUCCCUCAGCUCCCUCUCCAUAGGCCCUCGUGUGCGUCAGUGGACUUAGGCUUUAUGCCAGUGAGUCUGGAUCAGGCAGACAAUGCUGACGAUUGAAGAGGUUCUGCAAAGCAGACCCUGAACACUUAUUCUUGAAAUUCACAAAAGCACAACACAGAAUAACUACGCAGAUGUACAAGGCACUCGUAAACAGAAUCGACACUGAUGCAUUUAGGCAUACAGCCUUCGACUUUGUGCUGCUGAUGGAGUCAGUGGCGAAAUACCUUUAACAGUCCUGUUGGCCCCGGAGGCCUGUAGGUCCCCGGCCGACCAUGCGUGACCGACCUGGCUGGGCUUUUUCUGCGUUUUCGGCAGCCGGUCCUGGCCGAAGUCGUCCAGUUGCCCUUCCACGACCAACGGAGGGAAGUUGCUCUCGCGACGGACGACGCGUGAGCCGUGUGCAUGUCGACGAGAGCACUUUGGUUCUUUGGAUCCGGGACGGAGCUUGGCUCUUGGCGCUUGGCGCUUGGCAAGCUUGGUGCUGGAAGUCUGACGUGAAGGACACCUAGGUUGGAGGCCAUCGCAAGUAGGUUGGAGGCCAUUCCUGCUAGAUGUCUUUUUCUAAUAGGGUGAAGGCCAUCGCAUUCCAGUCAUUGAUCAAUGGAAAGAAGUCCAUUGGAUCCACCUCUGAAUUCGCGGAUAUGGCGGUCUGCUCUACCGAAUGUUCCCCACGCGGUGUGGUCAAACGCCCGCCCCUUCUUUUUUGUGGAUUUGCAGCAAAGACCGUCCAAAAAA